AUGGUUCGACGGUCAUACCAUCCGAAGCCACCUGCGCACCGCUCGGAAUGGGUGAUGUGGGUGGGGAACGUGGCCUCGGACGCGACGCACGACGAGCUCUUGUGGUUUUUUAACCGGGCGUCGGACGGGCAUGUAGUCAGUGGCGGUGGCGACCACCGGUCUCGGGCGGAGAACGCGAGCUCGAGUUCGACUGCUGUCAAGUCGAUCUUUCUAAUCUCGCACUCGAGCUGUGCAUUUGUCAACUACGAGAGCGAGCAGUCCCUGCAGGAGGCGAUUGAGAGGUUCAACGGGGUACCGCUACGCGCCAAUGACCCACGGCGUGCGCGCUUAGUGUGCCGGGUGCGGAAGAAGAAUGACGAUCUGAAGGCGGGGGUGGGUGGGCAGAGGGGAACGGGAAUGCACAGCAGAUACGUAAAGGAGCAAAAGGGCAAGGGAAGGGAAUCGCCUACGAAGAUCGCGAGCCGCUUAGCUGCGGCUAUCUCGACCGUGUCAAUAUCUAACGACGAGGGCGAACCCGGACCGGGGGACAACCUAAAGCGCCCGAGCAGCUCAGAGUCGUCUGCAUCCACGAGCUCCAGUGUUCUUACGCGCCACUUCCCCAGACGUUAUUUCAUCCUCAAGUCUUUGACGAAGUCUGACUUGGAUCUCAGCGUCCGGACGGGGUUGUGGGCGACUCAGAAGCACAAUGAGGAGGUUUUGGAUCGGGCUUUCCGGACAAGCAAGGAAGUGUAUCUAAUUUUUGGGGUCAACAAGAGUGGUGAAUUUUAUGGGUACGCGAAGAUGGCUGGCCCCGUUCGACAAGGCGAACAAGGCGUCUCAUGGGCACCGCAUUCGUCGCGGUCCCGGCUUUCUACCCGCCCCGUGGCGCCUACGAGUACACCCGCAGAGCCAUCCUUCUCGCCAUUGCCUGUGGAUAGGGCUUCGCCAACACUACGAAUGGCCGUGUCUCGUGAGCACACCUUUGCACCUGCUCUCCUGGGCGAAGGCUAUAAACUGCCCGCUAUCGAGACACCGAAGACAAGGCACAGUCUUGACGACCGUUUACAGGUGGAUAUGGCCACGAGGCGCGAUGAGUCUUCCCCAGAGUCCGAGCUGGAUGCUAGCGCAGCACCGAAGACGCUGCGUUCAGUCGAAGAGCCGGAGGCGACGGAAGAUUCCUGGGGAAACAGCUUCGCAGUUGAGUGGAUACGCCAGGAAAGGCUACCGUUCCCGCGAACAAUGCAUCUCCGGAACCCGUGGAACCAUGAACGAGAGGUCAGGGUGUCUCGAGAUGGGACGGAGCUGGAACCGACUGUUGGACAGCGCCUGACAGAGGAGUGGGAUGCACUUCAGAACGAAGCUUUUGAAUGA